AUUCACUGUAAUGUUUGAUAGUUGUGCUUGUCAGGAAGUAUUGUGAACGGCUUAAAUAUGUAUGUGAAAGUUCGUACUGUAGACGGAAAAACGAAUGUGACUGUAACUAUAUCAAAAAUAACAAGUGUUCGAGAGUUCAAAGAUGUGGUAGAACAAAAAUUUGGCAUUAAGAGAGAAAAACAGAGACUUUUCUAUCGUGGUAAACAGCUUGAAGAUGAGUAUAAAAUGUUUGAUUACGAUAUCAAAUUGAAUGAUGUGAUUCAGGUGAUGGUUAAGCCUGACCCCGAAACCCUUUCAUUACCAUCGGCGACUACAGCAGAAACUGCAGGUCUUAUGACGGCAGAUAAAAGUUCUGGAGGUGGAGUUCCGGAAAGUAAAGAGAAACUGAGUUGUUCUAGCAAGUAUUACAAAGUAGGAGAUUUAGUUGACGUAAGAAAAAUUUCCAGCGGUGCUUGGUUUGAGGGAAAGAUCGUUGGUAUUGUGAAACGUGAUGAAUGUGGUUCUGAAACCGUGAAAUGGCCUACAUUACCAGGAAGAGCAUGCAGUGGAAAUUUGGAGGCCGUUAAUGCUGAUGGGAAGAUACCAGAUAGUGAGGUGAUUAAAAACACUGACAAUAGAAAUAUGAUAGAAAAUACAGAAGAUGGCGGGAUAUUGUAUCAAGUUGUAUUUGAAGAAAAUGAAGGUGAUCCAGCUGUAGAAGUGAAUUUUGAACAUGUACGACCAAGAGCUAGACAUAAAUAUAAUUUUUGUGACUUGAAAAUAAAUGAUGUUGUUAUGGCAAACUAUAACUUUGAUAAUCCACAAGGUAGAGGAUACUGGUAUGAUGUUCGUAUCACUGCAAUUAAUAAGAGGAGAAGAGAUAAUGAAAUUAUUGGCUGUUUAUAUGCAGGAAGAGAUGCUGUACUGUUAGAGAACUGCAAGAUCAUAUUUUGUGAUGAUAUACUGAAGAUUGAGAAACCAAUAUCAAUUGCAGAUAGGAGCUCAGAAUAUGACAAAUUGAUGCAAAUGGAAACACCUUUACGCCAGAUUGCUCUUAAUUGUCCAGGAUGUCAUGACAAUCCACAUAUAAGGUGCAGGGAGUGCAGUUGUUAUGUUUGUGGUGGAAAGGAUGACCCUGCUUUACAGAUACUGUGUGAUGAAUGUAACACGGCUUACCACAUCAGAUGUCUUGAUCCACCUCUGGAAGAUAUUCCUGAUAGUGAUGAGUGGUAUUGUCCUGAUUGCAAAAAUGAUGAGAAUGAGAUUGUAAAAGCAGGUGAAAAAUUAAAAGAAAGUAAAAAGAAAGCAAAGUUACAAUCCAAGAAUGCCAAAUGUACACGUGACUGGGGGAAAGGAAUGGCAUGUGUGGGGCGAACCAAGGAAUGUACAUUGGUGCAACGAAAUCAUUAUGGCCCAGUCCCUGGUGUUGAAGUUGGGACUUCCUGGCUGUAUAGAGUUCAGGUCUCAGAGUCUGGUGUACAUCGUCCUCAUGUUGCUGGUAUUCAUGGUCGUGAGUCUGAUGGUGCGUACAGUAUUGUGCUUAGUGGGGGCUAUGAGGAUGAUGUGGACAAUGGUGAUGAGUUUCUCUACACAGGUUCAGGAGGACGUGACUUAUCUGGAAACAAACGUACAGCAGAUCAGAGCAGUAAUCAAACACUAACACGUUUAAACAAAGCAUUAGCACUUAAUUGUAAUGCAAAACUUAAUAGUAAAGGAGCUAAAGCCAAAAACUGGAAAGAUGGGAAACCUGUGAGAGUUGUCAGAAACUACAAAUUGAAAAAGUAUUCGAAAUAUGCUCCUGAUGUUGGGAAUCGGUAUGAUGGUAUUUAUAAAGUGGUGGAAUAUUACCCGGAGAGAGGAAAGUCUGGUUUCAUCGUGUGGAGAUAUCGUCUUCGCCGUGAUGAUGAUAGCCCAGCCCCUUGGACUGCAGAAGGCAAGAGAUUCAUUAAGCUUCAUGGAUUAGAUAAGACAGAGGUGCCUGAUGGUUACCUGGAGGCCAAAGAAGAGAAGCUGGAACCUGAGGAACAAGAAUCAAAAGAACAAAAAACUAAGCCCAAAAAAAGGUUACAUGAAGCCCUUAAACAGCCUAGCAGCCCAGUUAAGAGACCUAAGAUUGUAGAGUUUAAGCUUGAUAGGAGUUUGAAGAAGUUGAUUGAACAAGAUGUCAACACAAAACUAUGGGACUCAUGCAGUCAGUACCUGAAAGAUGGAAAACAGACAUAUAUUGCCAAAGUGGCUGAAACCUUCAUGUGCAUAUGUUGCCAGGAGCUGGUUCAUAAGCCAGUCACCACCAUUUGCAAACACAACUUCUGCAAGAACUGUUUGCAAAGAUCUUUUGCAGCCAGUGUUUAUACGUGUCCCUGUUGCCGUUGUGAUCUUGGAAGAAAGUGCAACAUGGCCGUGAAUGAAAGUCUCUCAGCCAUACUUCAUCAGCUUUUUCCAGGUUACGAAGAUGGACGACAAUAAACUGUAACAAGUUGGUGGAAAGUUCGAAACAGCUGUUCUUUGUGUGUCAAACAUAGCACGAUAUGUCAGUAUGUAUUGUCAAGUUAGGUUUAGUAUGUUGCCUUCUUUGUUUAUAUAUUAUUUUAAUCUUGAAAUUUUAAUGGGAACCUAAUUUAUUUGGCUGUGUGAAUACUUUGUACAAUCGACAUUUCCAGACGUGACAUGUCGGAAAACGUUUUCAUGUCUUAUGGCUGUGAAUUCUAUUGUCAGCCUGCAGAUUUGCUUGCAUGAGGUGCAGUAUCUUCCAUAGUUUUGUGUCAUAAUAGAAAAUGCAGUGUUUAUACAAUAGCGUUUAAUUCAUACUGAACAUUGUACUGAAUAGCAUGUUUACAUGUCUGUGAAAAGAUAACUAAGGAAGCUCUGAAUCCCACAACCUGUGGCAGAUUUUUGACUUGGGAGUAUGAUGAUAUUUGUGUUGAAAAAUACAAUGCUAGGCUUGCUGGACACAUGCAUGUCAUAGUAAUGCAUUGUACAGCUCCUAAAUGUUAAAUACUACUUCAAUUGACCUAAUC